CCGGCCGACAUGCCGGAUAAGAACUGGGAAGAGAUGUGGGCCGCGGGGCUGAACCCCGGGGACGCGUUCGACGCGCGAAGGGCCGAGCCCGCGCUCGCGGAUCUCGUCGAUUCCGGCGCGCUCCCGAACGGGGUCGCGCUCGUUCCUGGGUGCGGUCGCGGAUAUGCCGUCGCCGCGCUCGCGUCCAGCGACCGCGCCGUCGUCGGCCUCGAGAUCAGCGAGACCGCGAAGGCGGCGUGCGAGGCGUACCUCGCGACGUGCGGCGACGUCGUCGGCGAGCGCGCGAAGGUGGUCGUCGACGACUUCUUCGCGCACGCGCCGCGGGAGAAGUACGACCUGGUGUACGACUGCACGUUCCUGUGCGCGAUCCCGCCCGGGCGAAGGGAGGAGUGGGGGAAGCGGAUGGGCGCGCUGGUCAAACCGGGGGGGGAACUCGUGAGCUUGGUGUUCCCGAUCGGCGACUUCGAGGGCGGGCCGCCGUUCGCGCUGAGACCGAGCAUCGUGGAGGCGCUUCUGAGCGCGAACGGGUUCGAGGCGAUGUCGUUGACGGAGGUACCGGAAGCGCAGUGGGCGCGCGGGAGGCAGGAGUACCUCUACCGGUGGAGAAAG